UCUGCUCGCGGAAAAAUAGCGUCCCUGCCUCAUGUUCUUGCGUAGGUGUUCGCAUUCUCCGUCUCCCUCUAUCGGGUACGCGUAAAUUCAGAUCCUGGUCAGCGCGGUAGCAGAUCAUAUGGCAGUGCGGCAGCAGGUCUAAUUUCUUGGCGUUGUACUUGCAGAUCAUGUGGAAAAUGAAGUAAGUGUAAGGCCUCACGAAAAAACGGAUCUAGGAUACUUUUUCAGAAACCCCCCGUGGUGAAUCAGUCAGCGAACUCUAUAACACUAGCAAUCAGGUGCAAUUUAGAUCGACGUUGGAAAUAAAAUCAGAAGCCGAGCAGAAAGAAAAGAUCUAAAGCGACAAGAUGAGCUCAAUAUUUCCACGCUAGGUCCGCACUUUCACGCAGAAACGUACUGAGAGAAAGCACCAAACCAAGCUGUCGGUCCGAUGCUUCAUGCGAAGCCAACAUACUCUUGAGUCUGCCCCAGUAGUUUCCAGGAUCCAAUUUACCAAAUCGAUCAAAUAAUGCUGUGCUGUCGCUGUGAACACAUGAGAUCGACAGUUCUGUUGAGAAAAUGCGGUUUUAAAAGCAAAGUCCGAACAAGAACCUGAACAAGAUAGGAUCCGCUAGACAAGAUCCUAUUUCACAAAAUUAGAUCUUCUUUACCACAAAGUUCACCUCUCAUUCCGAAUAAGAAUUUCCACAUUUCUCCCAAAUCUUCGCACCACAGGGAAACGAUCUUAAGGACCCGUUUGUGGUAUCCUCAUAGCACCCCGUAUAGCUUUUCAGCCACACAAAACCUUACCACAAGAUGAUGGGUGACGAUUCUCACUUGACGGAGGCCCAGAAGAAGGCCAAGCGCGCCAAGAAGUUCCAGUACCGUGGUGUCGAAUUGGAUAAGCUGUUGGACCUCUCCAACACCGAGCUCAUGGAACUCAUGUGCGCCCGUCAGCGCCGAAAGUUCUCUCGCGGUAUUGAUUUUGAUGUUAGUUGUGGCUCUUUCCGCGCGUACAAACCAAUCUAGGAUGAGCGCGUUUAUUUACGCUGAAAAUGAAAAGGUUUGUGAUGCGAUACCCAAUGGUACUCGUAUUGCGGUAUUUCUAUUUUUUUGUGCAUCCUCGUCCUGCACUACAAAUAACCUCUACCUCAACCAUCCAACAGGUAUCUCCCGUGCCCCGACGACCCUGUUGAAGAAGCUGCGUGCCGCCAAGAAGGUGACCCCGUACGGCGAGAAGCCGCAGGCGGUGAAGACCCACUUGCGCAACAUGGUCAUCGUUCCGGAGAUGAUCGGGUCUGUCGUCGGCGUGUACAACGGAAAGUUGUUCGUCAACGCCGAGGUGAAGCCGGAGAUGAUCGGCACCUACCUGGCCGAGUACGCCAUCACCUACAAGCCGAUCCGCCACGGAAAGCCGGGUAUGGGCGGCGCCGCCUCCCGCUUCGUGCCGUUUUAAAUACUUUUCGUAUUUGGGAUGGACAGUUUGCUUCGGAGCUUAGAUGAUGGGUACUAGGUUUAGAGAGCGCUUCGCGAAGUAAUUCUCCGGAAAAAUCUUCGGCAGUACCAAUUAUGGGGCUCUGAAUCUACAGUUGUACUUCCACUCUAGGUAGAAGAAGAACAAGCAACACGACGUCACAGUGCUGAAUUGCUAUGAGAUAAUAUGGGGAUGUGAGCAUGAAGCUUGCACUUGUGCAAGUCUAUUGUGGUCCAAUUUG